GACGGGCGCUGGAGGUGGGGUGGAAUGGGGUGCGUUCCGGAUGGAAGUGUCAGAAAGAGCCGUGACAGCCUGCAGCCUCCCUGCUGAACUCCGUCCGACACGGGGUCUUCCUCGUCUUUGGGGCUGCGUGUUCUUGUGUAACGUGUUCUCUUCUCAGGCAGGGAGAGUUCUGAGUCUCCAGUGUACAGGCAGUUUAGUGUGACAGUGCUUUUUAUUUAUCAGUUUUUUGAGACAGAGGCAUGCUACGUAGUUCAGGCUGGUUCUGAACUCGUUAUGUAACCCAAACUGGCCUUGAACUCGCAGCACUCUUCCUGCCUCAGCCUCCCAACUGCUGUGAUUACAGGCGUGCACUGCCACGCGCGGCCAAACCGGAACACCUUCUUGGGUCUGUCCUGGACACCGCUGUGUCUUCACCCCUCUGCAGAGAGCCGCAGCUUUGGGAAAAUAAGGAGUUUCACACUUAACAAUGAAAAAUUCAUCACUGUAAUGUUUUACAUGAGAUCUGUAUUUGCAAUUGUGAUAACUGCACGAACAAAUCUCGUCUAACAACGUUCUGGAACGAUGACGUGAACAAAAAAAAAGAUGUUAGGAGAACUUUUACUGGAAAAAAGUAGGAUAGCUCCUUGACUUUCGAAAUUUUCUUGAGCGAAUGGUCCUGUAGCCAUGUUAUCUAGAGGUACCUAUAGCUAAGAAUAGCAUUAUAAAUAAAUUUUCAGUUGUUUAGUGGGGACGUGUCACUCAUGCCUCUCUGGAUUUAAAACAAAUGCUUUAAACUAGGGCAGUGUAACACAUUUCCUCAGCAGACACUGUUAAAAGAAACAGGUUUUAGAGAAACACGGGUUAUAUUGCAUUUUAAGUUCCUGGAAACUCAGGAGCUUAGUAAGGCAUGGCUGCAACUCCUUUUAGUAGGAAGGGUCUCCAUUCCUUGGUAAAAGUUCACUCUGGGUUCAACAUUCUGUUCUCAUUUUUACUCUUAGCUGAAUUACUAAUAUCUCAAUUGUAUCUCUGGCUCUUUCCUUGCUAGAUGCCUUAUUUAUAAGCUAAUAAAACACAAUUCUUUACACUAUUUAAAUGAGGCUUUCCAUAGAGUUUAGAAUGCAGAGAAAGAUGGAUGGUAAUAUAUUUCCAACGGUAGGGAAGUGUUCCUGCUAAAGAGAACCUUCUGGACGAGCUGUCUGUUAAACCCCCACUGAGAAUUGCUUUGAACUGGGGCAUCUACAGGAAUGUACACAUGUGGUAUUGGUAUGAUUGGAAAGGGAAAGUGGAGUUGUCUCUGAAAUAAUUGCUUUAUAGUCUAUGGACUGUUUCUAGACAUUGUUUUAAAAGUUGAAAUAUCAAAUGAGAUGUUUAUAUAAAAGAAGUUGUUUGCCAGGUGUAGUUCAUGCCAAUAUUCUCAGUGCUUGGAAGCCUGAGACAGGAAGAUCUUUCAGAGUUGGAGACCAAUCUGGCUACAAAGUGAGUUCAAGGCUAUCCUGAACUGCCUAGUGAAACUUUGUCCCAAAAAGACAAAAGGAAGAAGAAAGAAAGGGCUGGAGAUAUAGCUCAGUGGCACAAGUGCCCACAUGGCAAGCACAGAGUGCUGAGUUCAGUUGCCAGGACAAAAAAGAAAAAAAAACCCAACCAACAAACAAAAAACAGUACUGAAAGAGAGGUAAAUGGAAUAAGAGAGUUUUUUGAAAAGGCAAGACAAAUGGGUAUGAAACAGAAAAGGGAGAGCAGGGGAUUUGGGAAGAUGGCAAAAAUCAUCAGCUACAACAGUAAAUUUCUCAGAAGACAGAUCAUCUUGCAAUGAUAGUGAAUGAAGGAUUCUCUGCUGGCUUGUUCAGAGGUUAGGUCAAAGGUCACAUGUCUAAGGAAAAUAGGAAAACUUAGUAACAUGUAAAUAUUUCUUCUUCUUAAAUGAUGAGUUCAACUAAUCAUUUUUGAGGCAAAAUUAGAAAUUAGGAAACUGGUCUUUUAGUUUUAAAAAUAGUGUAGACAUCAUCAUUAAUGUAGUAUGGGAAGGGGUUUGUCUUGGCUACAAAAGAUUUCAAGGAGAAUUUGAGCUUUUUCAUUGUACAGAGAGUGAACUGAGAAAUUUUAGCCUGAGUUUAUUCUUCUUUUUCUGUUUUAACUUUUUGUUCAGAUCUUAUUAAGUUGUCCAGGUUUGGAAGAAAUUUUAAUAGUUUCCUCCUACUUGACUGUGGGAACAUAGACAUAUCUCACCUUGCUAGUUUAAGAUUGGGGUUCUUCAUUCAGCAUGAUUUAGCUAGAUUUCAAUGCUUGAGUAAAGUAAACUUCCCUAGGCAUUGUGAUGCACACCUUUAAUGCCAGACAUUUGGGAAACUUGUAGACAAGAGUGUUCAUUCACUAAGGCCAGCCUGGAUAACUGAGCAUGACCCUUUUCAAUAUGAGAUUUUGGGGGGUGUGCACAACUCUAAAGUAGCUUGUCAAAUGUGCAUGAUUCCCUGAGUUAAAUGUCUAAUAAUGAAGAGAAAAUAAACAUUAUUUAGUGCAAAUCUUACUUUUAAUUUUGCUGUUUACUUAUUUUUCACACUAGUGGUACAUGGUGAAUCACUUCCUCAAGGAGGUGGAUAGCAGCAAUGAGUCAGAAAGCAGACACCAAGUGUGAGCAGUCAGUUAUUUUCAGUGUACUCUAUUGAAUAACAUGAGAUAUUUAAUAUUUUGUUAUCAAUUUCACUUCCUGUUACCAAAUGUCCCCAAAUGAACAUUAAGACAUAUGACUUGGUUAGUUUAAAGGAUCCAAGGCUUAGCAAUGAGAUUUGUUUAUUUUCUAUACCUUUUCAGUACAUUUUAUUUUCAGUCCCUUUUGGUUGAUGAAUAUAGUUUCCAUUUCAAACUCAAAUAGCAUCUGUGGAGGCAUUCCUUCAACUCUUCAUAUCAUCCUCUGUUGAACAUGACACUCAUCAAGUUGUUUCCUGUUUUGAAUGCUUAUUAAUCAUUUAUCCUGAGCAACCAAAUUAGGAGAACAGUAUAAUUGUUUGAAAAAGGGGAAAUACACAUUUUUUCUUUGCUUUUUUUCAUUUUUAAACUAUUAUUGUAAAGAGCUGCCCCACUUUGGUCACAUUCUUUGAGUUUUACAUCACCAGGACAAGGGGAUAGGAUGGAAAUUUUCAAUGACAAGUUAUUAGGCUGAGUGGUUAGAACACUAGACUCCAAGCAAGUUUGAAGGGAAAACAUUUCCAUUUCUAGUUUUAAUUUAUGCUGAUUACGGGAGCUCUUGUUUUUGUUUUAAACUUUAUUAUCAUCUGCCAACACUGGAAUUAUUCUUUCUGCAAGCAGUUUAAAUUUGAAGGCUGUAUCAAUAAUCUAUUGUCCUAUACUUAGAAAGAAUGCAGUUCUUAUGUGCAGGAAGUAUUGUGUACUUGAUACUUUUUGUUUCUUUUUGGUACCAGAAAUUGAACUCAUGACCUAUGCUUGCCAGACAAGAGCUUGAGCCAUUGAGCUAAAUCCCUGGCCCUAGAUACUUUUAUUUUCAUGAUGACCUCAUGAACUCCACUUGUAUUUGAGUUAGUAGUGCUUGGUGAAUCACCUGAUAGAGAAAUAUAGUAAACAUUCUCAUUUCACACAGCUAAAAUGAGACAAAAGACACGCUUGUGUCUCAAGUAGAGGACUAGAUUUCUGUAGUGUGCUGUCCACUCUACUGGGACACUGUGGGUCUUUAAUUUAUCCUACGUCCUUAUUGGCAGUCUGUGCCCAUUACUUUUUGUUGGUCAGAAAGACUGAAUUACGGUGCGCUCACCAAGAGUGGUGUGUGCAGAGCCAUGUCUUCAUGGGCUGUCUUAGGGAGUUCUGAGAAAUAAAAGAUGCAGUGAAUAACUUCCAGAGCUUAAAAGACAAGAAAUUCCAAUAUGAAGACUAAAUAUUUUUAAUAUAUUCAGAUGGAAUUUGUAUAUAUUAUACUGUGUUAACAUUUUCAGAGAUAAUUUAUUGUCUUGGAUAUUGUGCUAUUCUGAAUAUCUAAAUAAUCUUCAGGUAAUCUAUGAACUUGACUGACUCUAUACCUACAAGUGUCAUUGGUGCAUGAUAAAGUUUUUGGCAGGGGAUUUAGCUCAACCACAUAAAUGCCUGACUGGCAAGUGCAAGGUCAUGAGUUUGACUCUGGUACCCCCCCCCCCAAAAAAAGGAAAAGAACGAAAGUUUCCAUUAGUUUACAUACAUACUGUGAAAAAUUUAACAGGUUUCUGCAGCAAUGAGGUCAAGUAUUAGCCCUUGGCCAUCAGUCUAUUUGUCAUAGCUGCUUCAACAACACACUGUGGAACAGAGGUUUUGGGGGAGACCCAGAAAUUUAUUGAAUAUAGUGUGCUUCGUGUGAACUCUGGUGAGUUGCCAGCUUUGGGAAUAAUGUGAGAUGAAGCAUAGACAGUGUAAAUUCUCUCACGCAAAGAGAAAUGAAUAGCAGUGAUUAUAUUCACACUUACAGCAAAUGUGUACUGUAGUUUUUUUAUAUGCCUACAAAUAAGCUCUUCAGCUCUGGAGGUAAAAACUAUGUCUCUAUUAAUUCCAUUGUAUUCUGACAGGAUCUAAAUUUAGGUAUUCCUGGUGUGAUUGUGCAGUUCCAUUAGUAGUCUUAGAUAUUAUGCUAGUCAAAUAUUCUGUCUGAAGAUCUCAAAAUAUAGAAAUCAGGAUUAAGCAAUCCUAAAAUUUUGGUUAAAACAUUUAAGUAUUUUUUGGAGAAAAUUGGUUUCAUACAAAUUUAUUUAACUCCUUGUCUUUGGUUAACUCAUUGUCAAGUCUCUUUUUCUUUUUCACAGAUCAAGUGGAAUGACUUAAUAUUUCAACCCACUGGAUAACUAAACAAAAUUGCAUUUACAAUUUCACCUUUUAAAUGUUUUUUUGGUCUUUGUGCAUGUCAAUUGUAAGCUAUCCAGAAGCUACCAGAUUUACCCAUACGCUGAGCAUAUUAUUAGGAUACAAAACAGAAUUUAAGUUACUUUUUUUUUUUUUUUAAUCCGUUCUGGGGAUCGAACUCAUGACCACACACUUGCAAGGCAGGUACUUAUGCCACUGAGCUAAAUCCCCAGCCCACAAAACAGAAUUUUCACUUGAGAGAGCUCAAGGACCUUAGAAGUUUGUGGGUUACAGUCUCUUGACUAUGAUCCAGUAAUUUAAUAUUACAUGUAUGUUUUUCUAGUUUCUCUUGCUUGACAGGCCAUAAAGAAAAGUCACAAUAAAGUCACUUGUAGGAACCUAAACCAUUGUCAUGUGCCCUGUAACACAGCUUCACUUGAGUAAUUUAACUUAAAAGAAGUUAUACACCUCACGAGCGUAUAACAUUAGCACAGUUUUUGAGAAGUAGAUGAGUAGAUGAGAAGUAGAUGAGUACAUUUUUUGAGAAGUAGAUGAAAUUCUAAAAUGCUAAGUAUUUUUGAGCGACAUGACUAACUGGGUUAGACUUACGUGAGAGUGUCAAGAUACAGAUUUUUAAAAAGUAAACAAAACAUGGAAAUUCCUAGGCAUAGCAUCUUGUGACAGAUUCAACUAGAAUGGUGAGGGAAUCAGCAGUGCAUAGGAAAAAAUGGAUAAUUUAUUCCUGAUUAUGUGAUCUGUACAUUUUGUCAUAUGAAAAUUAAGUUCUCUAGCCUUUUUUUUUUUUUUUUAAAUUGCAGUAUGAGAGUUGAAUCCAGGACUUUGUGUACACUCAGCAAGCACUGUAGUACUGUGCUGCCAUCCCCAGUUCUGUUUUCUAGUAAGGAACAUCUCAAUAUGUUCUCCUUCAUGUGUGAACUCAGAAACAAAACAAUGUCACUUCUUCCUUAAAGGUACGCAGUGAGAGUCUGUGUCUUAUUCAGCUUAUGAAUAUUGGCUUGGUAUAGGUGAAUAUCAUGUACUUAGCAAGUAGAACUUAAGGCCAGUGACUUAAGUUGGACAAUAAGAGGACAAUGUUGGAAACCAGUGGUAUGGCAAUAUACUACUUCCUGUUGCUUCGUGGGUGACACAUCAUCCUUGUUGUACCCUCUGUGUGCGCAGAACAGCUCUAGAAGGACUGCUGUCUAUAACACACUGCAGCAUGAUGGGAAGAAGGAAUUUUGUGUGCAGAUGGUUUUGCUUUAUUGAUAUUCUUGUCAUCUGUCAAGGCAAUCAGGCUGAUUAUCAGGAUGACCUGUCACAGGACUCGAAGACAGGACUUAGCUUUUGUGAAACUACUGGGUAGAAGAAGGGAGGCUUUCAAACUGAGGUCAGGAAGUUCUUCUACAGAGAGUUUACUGUAGGUGAUGCUGCCUCCUUUUUUCAACAAUUAUUAUGGACCUUCUGGUGAGGAAUGUGAUCAGUAUUCAGAAUUCAGGGCUUUUUGUGCUCUUAUGUGAAGUAGGUUUCCUGUCUGAGAGAGUAGAAAUAUUUCCUUUUCUUGUACUUUGAUUCAUUUUUGAUAAUGCUGUUAGUGUAGUAAUGCCAUUUUCUUCAUUUAUUAGGUAUUUUCUUUUUAGCAUGUUUUUGUAUUCUUUGCUGAAAUAAGUAAAUUAAGCAAAAAGGUGUGGAAAUUGCUGCACAGGGAGCCAAGUGCCUCAUUUAUAUUUGUACCCUCUGACAACUUUAACAUUUUCCUUCUAUUCCAUUCUGUCAUACCCUUGUGUGCGGUGCAGUUCUUUUCUGUGUACUGGGGUUUUCUGCAUGUGAUAUAGAGUCUGAAUUAUGCUUGUGGACUGAUGUGUAGAGACAACGUUAUUGAAUUCAGAAGAGCCUUUUGAGUUCAGAAAGAAAACAGCAGCAGCUCUGGACAUGUCUGUGCCAGUUCUGCUUCGUGUGAUGCUACACUUCAUUCUGGGUGAAAUUCUGGGUGAAAUCUGUAUUUAGGCAGGAAGCCUGUGUUGGGAAGGGUUUUGCUUAAAGGCUGUCAUUUGGCUCCUCUCGGUGAAGUAAUGUGCAUUUUUUGAUGUCCUUUUCAGCUGAGAGGGCAGGAAAUGGAGCAACAGUGCAUCAGGGAAGGAAGGCUGGUUCUGUGUAAACUGUCCAGUCAGGUACACUGUCCACAAUAAAGACUCUUUGUCAGGAACUCAUCAGAAGCUCCCAGGGUGCUACUGAAAGGCAGCCUGGCUGGCUCACAUUGACUACUCUGUGAGAUUCACUGACUGCAGGGAUAUGGGCAGGGCUUUGGGAAACCCCCAUUCUUGGAAAUGGUGACAUGCAGAGACAAAUGACCCCAGAGAGGAGUGGAGCUGUGGCAGAGGCAUAGGUCAGUUGGAUAUAGACAGAACCAGCUUCCAAGGAAUUAGACCAAAUUGCAUCAAGUCUGAAGCCUUAUUCCUAUAGAUUGACUGCGGCUUUUAGGCCCUCGUUCUUUUUUGGGCCCGAGGGUGAGAUUAAGAAUGUGCCAGGUCCUCAGCAUCCUGUAUUGUACAAAUGAGGUGACAGAAGCAUCUCCAAAGCACUGGCAUGGGCAGCUGAGCGCCAGCUGGAUCCCAUAUCAUCAUGGAUGCAGUGACUUGGGAAGAUGUAAUCGUGAACUUCACCAAGGAGGAGUGGGCUGUGCUGAAUCCAUCCCAGAAGAAGCUCUACAGAGAUGUGAUGAGGGAAACAUUGAUGAAUAUAAAUUCUAUAGAAAUGAAGAGGUAGCAACAUGGUAUCUAUAUAAAUCUUCCAAUCAACAUGCAAACACACAUCUUUGGACUUCAGAAGUGAAAGUGGACAUGAAUCAAUCUGCUUUAAAGCAAGCCAUAAGUCUUGUUUGUGAAGAGCCCCUUCUUGGACACUUACCAUUUAAUGUGUGCAUCUUACCUCAUCCUGUAGUGAAGUCACAUGAAUAUUUGAGAUUUAAUGACAAGCCAAGUAAAUGUAGUGAACAUGGAAAACCCUGUAGUGAUUUCCAGUCCUUUCAGAAGCAUGCAAGGACAGAGAAUGGAGAGAAACCCUAUCAACAUGUGCAUUGCAUGAAAUCCUACUCUGAAUUUAGUGAAAGAACUCGCUCUGAAGAGAUGACAGUUGUUGAACAGGAAAAUGUGAAGGCCUCCAGCACCAACAGUGGUUUUCAAAUCUAUGGAAGUACUCACAAUGGGAAGGCACCAUAUGUUUGUGAGCAAUAUGCAAAAACAUUCAAUACUCAAAUAUGUAAAAUUCUUGAAAGGAUUCAUGUGGAGGAGAAACGUUAUCUGUGCAAGCAAUGUGGGAAGACGUUCACUACAAAGCAAUCUUGUCAGGUACAUGAAAGAAGUCACACUGGGGAGAAGCCUUAUCUGUGCAAGCAUUGUGGAAAAGCAUUCAGUAGAAAGAGUUAUUCAAAAAUUCAUGAAAGAAUUCACACAGGACUGAGGCCUUAUGUGUGCAACCACUGUGGAAAGGCAUUCACUAGACACAGUGAGUGUCAAAGACAUAAAAAAAUCCACACUGGGGAAAACCAUAUUAUGUGUAAAGAAUGUGGGAAGGCAUUCACUACACGAAAUCACUGUCAAAGACAUGAAAGAACUCACACAGGGGAGAAACCUUAUGGGUGCAAGCAAUGUGAGAAAGCAUUCACUACACAUUACGCUUGUCAGCGACAUGAAAGAAAUCACACUGGAGAGAAACCUUAUGUGUGCAAGCAAUGUGGGAAGGAAUUCACUACGUACCAGUCUUGUCAGAGACACGAAAAAACUCACACUGGGGAGAAACCUUAUGAGUGCAAGCAGUGUGGGAAAGCAUUUACUACAUACCGGUCUUGUCAAAUGCAUGAAAGAACUCACACUGGGGAGAAACCUUAUGAGUGUAAAGAAUGUGGGAAGACAUUCACUACACACCAGUCUUGUCGAGUACACAAAAGAACUCACACUGGGGUGAAACCUUAUGUGUGCAUGCAGUGUGGAAAAGCAUUCAAUACAAAGUCUUAUUUUAAAAUACAUGAAAGAAUUCACAAUGGGAACAAACCUUAUAUGUGCAAGAAAUGUGGAAAAGCAUUUGUUAGACACAGUAAUUGUCAAAGGCAUGAAAGAACUCACACUCGGGAAAAACCUUAUGUGUGUAAGCAAUGUGGGAAGGCAUUCACUGAAAGUAGUAGUUGUAAAAGACAUGAAAAAACUCACACUGGGGAGAAACCUUAUGUGUGAAAGUAAUGUGGGAAGGCAUUCACUAAACAUAGUCUUGUCAAAGAAAUCACACAGACGAGAUACCAUGCACAUGUGAGUCAUUGGGAAAAAGAUUUGCUAGAAAUUCCUCAUUUUGUAUACCUAGAUUUCACCUUAAGAAGGUAUCCUGUGUAUAACAAUAUGGGGAAAGAAUUCAGUGAACACAUUUUUUGUCAACUGCAUGAAAGAAGUCACUGGAGGUUGAUCAAAUUUAUGUAAGGCUAUUUUUUUUAAGAGAAAAAAGACAAAAAAAAACAAAAGGAAAAGACAACAACAAACCCAAAACAAUAACAGCUUGGUUUUCAAGAAAGAUAAUAGAAAUUUCACAAUGGUUGUAAUAUUGCAUAUUGUUACCUUGCUUAGAUUACAAGAUGUAGACACGUAAAAUUGGUCUAACCAUGAGUAUUAACUAUUUUUCAAGAACUAAUAGAAUUAGUAGUAUAGCUACCUUAUGUGUAUGUAUACAAAUUUAAGUCUUCUUUUUGCCUUCUUUCUUUCAUCGUUUCCUCUAUCUGUUACUCUUCCUCUUUAAGCAGUUUCUUUAUUGUUUUUUUGUUACUGGGGAUUGAACUCAUGACCUCACACUUGCCAGGCAACACUUGUGCUGCUGAGCUAAAUUCCCAAGUGAGCAAUUAUUCACCCUUAUAGAAUAUUUAUUGUAGAUUUUGGAUCUUAUUUUCUCUUUUCAGUUUCUUACACUAGGAAGAUAAUAUGGUAUUUACACAUGUGAGUUUGAUUUAUUUCACUUAUGAGUAUGGUCUCAAGUCGUGUCCCUCUACUAAUAAAAGCCUCGAUGCAAUCUUUCUUUAUAGCUGAGGAGUACUUCACUGUAUAAAAAUAGCACAUCUUUUUUAUCCAUUCCUUAGUUGAUGGGUACUUGGGUUGUUUCCAAGGUUUGGCUGUUACAAAUUGUGGUGCUGUAAACAUGGGUGCACAUAUAUUACUGUGGUAUGAUGUUUUCAGUUCUGGGAAAAUGCCCAGAAGUGGGAUAGCUGAGUCAAAUGGAACCUGUGAUCCUACCUUUUUGAGGAACCACCACACUGAUUUCCACAGUAGUUGUAUCAGCAUUAUGUAAGGCUAUUUUCAAAAACUAGUGAAGAUUCCUCACAUAGUGGAGACCUGUACACAUGUAAAUUAAAAUUGAAUUGUAUUCAUGGAUGCUUCAGAAAACACAGCCCCAGAUGGAGAUCUCCCAGAAUAUAUUAUUGUUUCUGAUUUUUAGAAAACCGGCUUUAAAAAGCUGAAUUAUGUAUAUGUAGUCUUUACUAGAAACAGUAUUAUAUAAUUAUGUGUAAUAUGGUCUUUGAAUCUAGCAUAUAGUAUUUUCGAAUGAGAUAUAUUGAAAUGAAAUGUAUUUGUUACUUCUAAAUAGGGUUAGUAUUUUUGCAGGUUUGAAUUUGUUUUGUUUUUACUAUAGUAAGUGAUAGGCCAGUAAAAAAUAAAUUUUAGGGAUAAUGUUUAAGUGGGAUUUCCUGCUAGCUUUAAUUUUAAUUUUCUUGGUGUAUACACCUCAUAUUCUGUAUACAAAAGAUAACUAUUGAUAAAUAUGUAAAUGUGUUGUCCAUAUUUAAACAUAUAAGCAUAUAUUUUUAAAAGUUCAGUGUUUUACACACAAGUUGUGGAUCACCAAAUGUUGUAUUUUUCAUUUCCUAACUAGAUACCUGCUUAUAUCCCAACAUAAUUAUAUAAAGUGCAUCAUUUCACCUAUUUUGUUUUCAUGUUGAAAUCAGUAUCAUGAUUAACAGAAAAUGUUUUCUUACCAUCAACAUUUUACAUUUCAUGCUUAUAACAUGAAUUUGGUGGUUAUUGUACUACACUUUAUACAGCAGGUGAUAAUGCUGUGUGUUUCUGGUUGAGACACAUGAGAUAGACUGCACCCUGUGUAAUAAAGGGUAUCACGAAGUGUAA